AUGUCACAAAUUUUCACAUCUUCGACAAUACCGUUAACAUUUGAACCUCAUGAUGGACAUCAUAUACAUAAAAAAUCACAUAAAGUUGGAUCACCGACAGAUCCAAUGGAAGAUGAUCUUGAAAAUAAAGCACCAAUAUGGCAAUGUAUGUUAGCAGGUGGAUUUGGAGGUGUUGUGGGAGAUAGUGUUAUGCAUUCAUUAGAUACUGUAAAAACGAGACAACAGAGUUAUCCAUUUAAUUUAAAAUAUAAAAAUAUGAUACCUGCUUAUACAACUGUAUUAAAAGAAGAAGGAUUUUUUAGAGGUUUAUAUGGUGGUUAUACACCAGCAGUAUUAGGUUCAUUCCCAUCAACAGCAGCAUUUUUUGGAACUUAUGAAUAUACCAAAAGAAAAAUGAUUAAUGAUUUUCAUAUGAAUGAUACUUUAUCAUAUUUUAUAGCAGGAUUAUUAGGAGACUUAGCAUCAUCAAUAUUUUAUGUACCAUCAGAAGUUUUAAAAACAAGAUUACAAUUACAAGGAGCAUAUAAUAAUCCAUACACCAGAGAAUGUGGAUAUAAUUAUAAAGGUUUAAUAAAUGCAAUAAUACAAAUAUAUAAAAAAGAAGGUUUUAAAACUUUCUUUUUUGGUUAUAAAGAAACAUUAUUUAGAGAUUUACCAUUUAGUGCAUUACAAUUAUCAUUUUAUGAAAAAUUUAGACAAUUAGCAAUAUAUUAUAAUCAUGAUUCAACAAAUUUAUCAGUACCAGUUGAAUUAUUUACAGGAGCAGCAGCAGGAGGAUUAGCAGGAGUGCUAACAACACCAUUAGAUGUUAUAAAAACAAGAAUUCAAACAGCAACUAAUACAUCAGAUUUAAAUAAAAACCUCAAAAUUCCAAUAAAAUUUAUAAAUAAUAAUGAAACUUUAAGAGCAUUAAUAUCAAUUUAUAAAAAUGAAGGUAUAUUAGGAGCAUUUAGUGGAGUUGGUCCAAGAUUUAUAUGGACUGGUAUACAAAGUUCCAUAAUGUUAUUAUUAUAUCAAAUGUCAUUAAAACAAUUAGGUAUAAUAUUUGGUAACGAUAAUAGAAGUUUAAAAGCAUAA